CUCAAUUUCUUAAAUUGUUUAAUCAUAACCUGAGCUAAACAGAAGCAGACAAGAUAAAGGUAUUUUAUUCAGUCCCAUUGGGCUUUUAACUAUAACUUCAAAAAAGUUUCCCUCAGAACAAAAGAAGAAAAUUAGAAAACUUAUCUCAUUGCCCUCAAAAUAAAUGGAAAAUUUUCAAGAAGUGAAGAUGGGUAGAGAGGACAAUGCAGAUUCAAAAUGGGGUAAGAAAAAAAUGGAAGCUGAUGAAAGUGUGAGGACUGUAGAUUGCUUGAGAGGAAGGCUACUUGCAGAAAGAGUGGCUUCAAGAAAUGCAAACAUGGAGGCAGAACAAUUAGGAGCAAAGUUGAUGGAGCUUGAAAAUCAGCUCAAGCAAGAGGCAAAAUCAAGAAACAGGGCUGAGAAAAAGCUUAGAUUUUUAAUGAAGAAACUCCAAUCCAUGAACAUUUCACAUGCCUCAGAUGAAUCUGAGUACUCAGGCUUGGGGGGCAAAAGUGGCAUUUCAUCUCCAUCCUCCACAGCCUCUUUAUCCACACAAGAAUCUAAGCAAAAUGGCAAAUCUGAAAAGGGGCCACAAAAUUUGCAUCCAAAAAGUUAUGCACACAAUAUUUUAUCAAGUGCUGGUGAUGAUAAUAGUUCAAGUUCAACAACUGAAGGGAGCUCAGGUUGUGUAUAUGAAGGCAUUUUGGCAGAAGUUAAAAAGGGCAAAGAAUGUGAAAUUGGACAUAUUGAAAAUCCCAGGUUUCAAGGGGCAUCUGAGGAUUUUGAGAAGAAAAAUGUUGCACAAAUUGCUGUUGAGAAUUUUUUUGAUAUAUGCUAUGCUAGCUUCCGAUUUUCGACUAACGAUUGCCUUAAAGAAGAAGAUGAUCAAGAUGAGGUUAAUAAUACAAUGGCUUUAGUAGCCGUUGAUCAAAUGCCACAGAAAAAUCCGGCCAUUGAUCCUCAAGUUCUCGACUCGACCGUGAAGCAAGUGCUCGAUGCAUUGAGGCAAGCUCGUGAACAGCUUCAAAGUUCGAUCGAGAAAAGGCGCCUAAACAUGAUUAGAGUUGGUUAGAAGUUUUUAGGAGGUAAAUUGUUGUGAUUUAAUGCAUGUUUUGGUUUUUGAGUAUAAAUCUGUUUGUAUAUGUUCCAAUGGGGAAUUUGUGAGUCUUCAUUUUCUUUUUCUUUUCUUUUUUCUUUUUAUUAAUCUUUUUUUUUCCCCCAGUUUUAUUGCUUUUAUUUAUGC